AACAUGUGCCAUGGAGCACACCCGGCCGUGCGUGCAGCCGCGGCACAGCCUGGCGUGCCCAGCCGCACUCACGCAUUCACACUCACACUCAGCUCACGCUCACACUCAGCUCACGCUCACACUCACACUCAGCUCACACUCACACUCAGCUCACUCACGCUCACGCUCACCCCCGCCCCGGAGCCGUGCCCCAGCGUCCCGUCUCCCCGCAGGCAGCUCCUGGACAAGGACACCUUCUCCAAGUCGGACCCGCUCUGCGUGCUCUACACCCAGCGCCCCGGCAGCCGGCAGUGGCGGGAGUUUGGCCGGACCGAGGUCAUCGACAACUCCCUGAACCCUGACUUUCUGCGCAAGUUCGUCCUCGACUACUUCUUCGAGGAGAAGCAGAACCUCCGCUUCGACCUGUACGAUGUGGACUCCAAAAGCCCCGACCUCUCCAAGCACGAUUUCCUUGGCCAGGCCUUCUGCACCCUGGGCGAGAUUGUGGGCUCGGCCGGCAGCCGCCUGGAGAAGCCCCUGACGAUGGGGACGGUCACCGCGCACGCCCGGGGCAGGAGACCCGCUCCAGCUGUCUCCAAUGGUGGAAUCCCUGGCAAGAAGUGUGGCACCAUCAUCCUCAUCGCCGAAGAGCUGGGCAACUGCCGGGAUGUGGCCACGCUGCAGUUCUGUGCCAACAAGCUGGACAAGAAGGAUUUCUUCGGCAAAUCCGACCCCUUCAUGGUCUUCUACCGCAGCAACGAGGACGGGACCUUCACCAUCUGCCACAAGACGGAGGUGGUGAGGAACACGCUGAACCCGGUCUGGCAGGCGUUCGCCAUCCCGGUGCGCGCCCUCUGCAACGGCGACUACGACCGAGCCAUCAAGGUGGAGGUGUACGACUGGGACCGCGAUGGCAGCCAUGACUUCAUCGGGGAGUUCACCACCAGCUACCGGGAGCUGGCGCGGGGACAGAGCCAGUUCAACGUCUACGAGGUGGUGAACCCCAGGAAGAAGAUGAAGAAGAAGAAGUACCUGAACUCGGGGACGGUGACACUUCUGUCCUUCGCGGUGGAGUCCGACCACACCUUCCUGGACUACAUCAGGGGCGGGACCCAAAUCAACUUCACGGUGGCCAUCGACUUCACCGCAUCCAACGGGAACCCCUCGCAGUCCACCUCGCUGCACUACCUGAGCCCCUACCAGCUCAACGCCUACGCCAUGGCCCUCAAGGCGGUGGGCGAGAUCAUCCAGGACUACGACAGCGACAAGAUGUUCCCCGCCCUCGGCUUCGGCGCCAAGAUCCCGCCGGAUGGACGCGUGUCCCACGAAUUCCCGCUGAAUGGUGACGCGGCCAACCCGGCGUGCAGCGGCAUCGAGGGCGUCCUGGAGGCGUAUCACCGCAGCCUGCGCAGCGUCCAGCUCUACGGACCCACCAACUUUGCCCCCGUGGUCAACCAUGUCGCCCGCUCGGCAGCGGCGGUGCUGGAUGGGUCCCAGUACUUCGUGCUGCUUAUCAUCACGGACGGCGUCAUCUCAGACAUGGCGCAGACCAAGGAGGCCAUCGUCAACGCUGCCAAGCUCCCCAUGUCCAUCAUCAUCGUGGGGGUCGGCCAGGCCGAGUUCGACGCCAUGGUGGAGCUGGACGGUGACGACAUUCGUAUCUCCUCCCGCGGCAAGGUGGCCGAGCGUGACAUUGUGCAGUUCGUCCCCUUCCGUGACUACGUGGACGGGGGGGGCAGCCCGGUGCUGAGCAUGGCCCGCCUGGCCAAGGACGUCCUGGCCGAGAUCCCCGACCAGUUCAUCUCCUACAUGAAGGCGCGGGGAAUCAAACCCCAGCCUGCACCCCCCAGCCCCGACCCCCCCGGCUCCCCAGUGCCCCCCCAGCCCUGACCGCACCCAGCUGGCACCCUGCAUCCCCCCACCCCAGCCCCGGGAAUUGGAUGUUUUUCCAAGCCCCCUCUUUCCUUUUCCAAGGGAUAAAAGGCAGCAGGCCCUCGGCCCUGGGGGGGGGUUCCCCCCCAACCCCCAUAAAAUCACCUUUUCUGGUGUUCCCGGGGAGGGGGUUGGGAAUGGAGGAGCCUUCGCUGGCGUUGGCCGAGCAUCCUUGGCCAUGGUGGACCCCCCCCCCCCAUCCAGCCAGGACCAUCACGGCUCAUCCCCACCCUGGCCUGGUACUGAAGGCCAUAUCCUGCCCCCCCCCAAAAAGUGGCAGGGGUCCCCAGCCCCCCCCACUUCCUUGAGCACAGAGCUGGGGUGGGCAGGAGCUUCCCCCCCCCCAGGCGUGGUGUCCCCUCCAUUGGCCCCGGUGACAUUCAGAGCAUCCCCAGCCCAGCCCCCCAGGGGUGACGCAUGCCUCUCCGCAGCCCCCCCGAACCCAGUGAGACCCCCGUCCUCCUGCAGCAAGUACUGGCUGCUCCCAGAGGCGUCCCAGGUCCUUUUUUUGUGUGCCCCCCCCCCCCCUUCACUUUUCUACUUGCAUGGACGGUCCCUCUCCGUGCUACACCCCCCUUCCCAUGUUGCGUGCGCGUCUGCUGUGGGUUUGUAUUGAGUUGCCUUAAACUGGAAUAAAUUAUAGUCUUUCUAA